AUGGGUUCUCUCCAGAACUUGCUCAACAGUCCGAUCUCAAUGCCCUUUUCUGCAAAGCUUAAUCAACGCCGUCCAUUUCUUCUACGAGCAUGCCUUAACUUGGACGUACAUGCACCUACAGAUUCAGUGAAAUCGAAAACCCAUUUGAAGAGUGAUGAGGUUAUGCAGAUGGAAGGGAAGGUGUUAGUAGGGACAUAUGCAAGAAACCCAGUUGUGAUUUCCAGUGGGAAAGGUUGUAAAUUGUAUGAUCCUGAAGGACGAGAGUAUUUGGAUUGUACUUCUGGAAUUGCCGUUAAUGCUCUUGGUCAUGGAGAUCCUGAUUGGGUCAAAGCUGUUGUUGACCAAGCUAAUUUGCUCACACAUGUCAGUAAUGUUUUCUAUUCAGUCCCUCAGGUAGAGCUUGCUAAACGUCUUGUGGCUCGUUCUUUUGCCGAUCGUGUGUUUUUCUCAAAUUCUGGCACGGAAGCAAAUGAAGCUGCUAUAAAGUUUGCACGGAAGUAUCAGCUAUUUACACAUCAUGAUGAGAAAGAGCCUGCGACAGAGUUUAUUUCAUUCAGUAAUAGCUUCCAUGGGAGGACAAUGGGAGCUCUUGCUUUGACAAGCAAAGAGCACUAUCGUUUGCCUUUUGAGCCUGUCAUGCCUGGAGUUGAUUUCCUGGAAUAUGGUAAUAUACAGGCUGCAACAGAAUUGAUUAAAUCUGGGAGGAUUGCUGCUGUAUUUGUAGAACCUAUACAGGGUGAAGGUGGCAUUUAUAGUGCAACUAAGGAAUUCUUACUAUCCUUGCGUAGUGCUUGUGAUGAGGUUGGGUCUCUCCUGGUUUUUGAUGAGGUCCAAUGUGGCUUGGGUCGAACUGGUUAUCUUUGGGCGCAUGAGGCAUAUGGUGUGUUCCCGGAUAUAAUGACACUUGCCAAGCCUCUCGCUGGAGGUCUUCCUAUAGGAGCUACAUUAGUGAGUGAAAAAGUUGCAGCUGCCAUAAGAUAUGGAGAUCAUGGGAGCACUUUUGCCGGUGGAGCUCUUGUCUGUAACGCGGCCAUUGCUGUUCUAGAUAAAAUAUCAAAGCCAGGUUUCUUGGCCAGCGUGUCUAAGAAAGGUCAGUACUUCAAAGAACUUCUAAUGCACAAGCUAGGGGAAAAUUCACAUGUGAGAGAAGUACGAGGUAUGGGACUUAUAAUUGGGAUAGAGCUGGAUGUAUCCGCUUCACCCCUUGUCGAUGCCUGCCGAAAUUCUGGUCUUCUAAUAUUAACUGCCGGAAAAGGGAACGUGGUUAGGCUGGUACCUCCGUUGAUCAUCUCAGAACAAGAGCUGGAGCGUGCAGCUGAAAUUAUACUGGAAUGCUUUCCUGCACUUGACAAGACUAAUUGA